UCAUUCAAAUAAGUGAAAAAAAAUCAACAACAAACAUCGACAUACGAAAUUUUUUUUAUUAUUUGUCUUUUGUGUUUAUUUAUAAGUGUUCAUCAUAUCCGUAACGUCCCGUAUAUUCAUAUUUAUUCGGUUUGCUGUGUCCAUCCACCCAUCUACCAUCAUUCUGGUUUCUUCUUCUUUUUUUUUGUCGAAUCAAAACUUGAAUGAAUUAAUCUACUAAUUGAUUAAUUAAAGUUCCGGUUUUUUCUUCUUCCUGGUUAACCCAUCAAACGAAUUAGUUCAAGCCAUAAAAAAAUGGGCGGAAAUCAUCUACUGUUAUUAGCCAUUUUGCUGCCAGCAAUAGUAACGAGCUUAGCCCCUCAAACACCAUCAUCAUCAUCAUCAUCAGGUGUUCGAUUGAAUCGAAUCUUAUUACGACGUACAUCACGUACAGCCAUACCGAUGCGUAUUAGUUCAUCACCUCGACAAAGAUUCUCUCGAUAUAUACAAGAACAACAACAACAACAACAAUUGGAAUCACCGCAGGAUGUUCAACAACAACCGCAACAACAACAAGAUGAUGAUAAUGAUAUUGAUUCAGAAUUGGAAUUCCUUAUGAAUGCAUUUCAGCAGCAGCAACAACAACAACAACAGGAACAACAGCAAGAGCAACAACAACAAGAACAGCAACCAAUAUCUAUGAUGAUGAAUGGCAAUGGCGGUGGUGGUGGAUCAGUUCCGGCUUCUGCUAUGUAUACAACACUUCCAUAUGGUGGUUAUUCACCUGCUGCUGGGUCAGCUUCGCCAACUUCAACGCCUCGAACCGUACAACAGAAAGAAGAGGAUAUACCACGUCGUUCACAACCGGCUGGAUUGGCUGCCGCUGGUGUUGAAAUAGAUUUAUCACAAAAAUUCAUGCCACAAAUGCGUGAAGUUGAUCAAUCAUAUGGUGCUGGUAAUGGUGGUCAACAAAAUGGUGCUUCAAUGGGAUAUAGCACAAGAGGUUAUAAAAAUGGUGGAGGUAAUGGUGGCAGCAGCCAUGAUGAUUAUGAUAUGGGUUUUGAUAACAGUAUCGAUAUGAUGGAUAUGAUGAAAAAUUCGAUCCGUGGUGAACCGGGUAAAGAUUAUCCUAUUCUAGCAGAUAUUCCUAUUACACGAUUCAAAUGUUCGGAUCAUGAAUCGCCAGGUUAUUAUGCUGAUGUUGAAACACAAUGUCAAGUUUUUCACAUCUGUCAAGCGGAUGGCCGUCAUAAUUCAUUCCUUUGUCCAAAUGGUACCAUUUUUUCACAACGUCAUUUUGUAUGCGUUUGGUGGUAUGAAUUUGAUUGUAUGGAUUCAGCGGCUUAUUUUGGAUUGAAUGCUGAAUUGUAUAAAGAAGUUGAAGCAAUCGUAGAAUCAAUGCCAAGCGGCCCAGCUAAUGGAGGUGGAUUUGCAGCUGGUAGUGCUGGACCAAUCACCGGUGGUAGUGUACCAAGUUAUGGUAAUGGUGGUGUUACUCAAUCCCCGAAACAAUCUAUGUAUCAGCAACAACAAAUGGCUGAUGAUUUUACCGUUGAAAUGGGUCCAAUGACAACAACAUCUCCAAUGUAUUAUUCUGGUAAUGGUCAACGAUCAAAACCAUCAGCUAUUCAAAACUAUGGAUAUAGCAAUGGCAAAAAUGGUAACGGAAAUGGCCAACGACCAAAACUAACCUCAAGAUAUGAACCAUCAUAUGGUAGUGGUGGUAGCUCACCAAUGUCUGUGACACCUAGUCCAAUCGGUCAAGAAACCUAUGAAACAACGCCUUACAAUUUGGAUGCUGCAUUAGGCGAAGAAAUUCAUUCGGAAACACCAUUAAUCGAAUCAUUACCAUUGACAACUAUAUUACCACAUGUGGAAAAAGUCGUAGAUAUGGCCAUUGCUAGCCGAAAAACAGCUUCAACUAAAUCAGCAUAUUAUGGUUCAAAUAAUGGUUUCGGAGGUAAAAAAUUAAAUGGUGGUUCGAGACCAUCAUAUGGUAGUAUAAAAGGUGGUAGCAAUAAUGGUAAAUCGAAUAAUGGCGGUGGUAGUGUACCAUCAACAUAUGGAAUGGCAAAUGGAAGUUCAUCACCAUCGACAUCAUCAUCACCAUCACCACCAUUAUCACCAGCAUCAACGGUAGCAGCACGAAAGAAUGGUGGAUUUAAACCACAACAACAAUAUCAACCAUCAUAUGGAACAAAAAUUUAAAAUCAAAAAAAAAAAAAAUAUUUUAUUUGAUUUGAUUAAAUGGUAAUGGGUGGAUGGAUUACAAUGUUUUUGUUGUGUUUUUUUUUCAAUUAUCAAAUUUUCUCAUUAUUUUUUCUGUUUUGUUUUCUUUAAAUCGUAUUCACUUUUAUAUUUCGCCCACCCCACAAUGUAUGUAUUGGGGGUAGCCACCAUCAAUUAUUGAAUAUCAUGUGUAUAAAUUAUGAUUG